UUUAUUACAGGGAGAAGCCUCGCAGCCUGCUUAUCCUUGUAGGAUUUUGAAAAAGGAUAUUCAUACAAAAAAUACAAUUAAUCCUAAACUCAAACAUGACAGGAACUCCCUGAUAUAAUUUAUUUCCAUAUGACUUUACACGAGGGACAAACAUGCGGGCCUGCGACUGUAUUUUGAGAACACAGAGCUCCCCUUAAACCAGUCCAGACCUGCCCUUUAAUUCAGCCCGUGCUCCUCCGCCAUAUAUCCGCUGUCGGCGUAACACAACAGCGGGACCCUCAGCCUCCACAUCCUCCGUGCCUGCUACUCCCGUCGCCGCGUCACCAGCCAGUCUCUCUCCCCUGCCAUGCCCCGGGUCACCUCACUGCUGCCUGCCCUGCUGUUCGUUCUCCUGCCGGGCCCGAGCCGGGGGUACUUCCCCGAGGAGCGCUGGAGCCCCGAGUCUUCGCUGCUCGCUCCCCGGGUCGUCGUCGCGCUGGUCUGCCGCAACUCGGCGCACUCUCUGCCGCUGUUCCUCGGAGCCAUCGAGCGCCUCAACUACCCGAAGGACCGCAUUGCGCUGUGGGUGGCGACAGAUCACAACAUAGACAACACCACAGCCAUCCUGAGAGACUGGCUCGUCAAGGUGCAGAAUUACUAUCACUAUGUGGAGUGGAGACCUGACGAUGAACCCAGUGCCUUCGAAGACGAGGUUGGGCCUAAGCACUGGAAUAAUCUCCGUUAUGAACAUGUAAUGAAGCUCCGUCAGGCAGCGCUGGAGACCGCCCGUGAGAUCUGGGCCGACUACCUGCUGGUGGCUGACUGUGACAACCUGCUCACCAACCCAGACACGUUGUGGAAACUGAUUAGUGAGAACAAAACAAUUGUAGCGCCGAUGCUGGAGUCCAGAGCUGCGUACUCUAACUUCUGGUGCGGCAUGACUUCACAGGGUUACUAUAAGCGUACACCAGCCUACAUGCCUAUCCGUAAGCGGGAACGUCGUGGCUGUUUCGCUGUACCGAUGGUCCACUCCACCUACCUAGUGGACCUACAGAAAGAAGCCUCCCGUCAGCUGGCUUUCUAUCCACCACACCCGGAGUACAGCUGGGCCCUGGAUGAUGUCAUCGUCUUUGCCUACUCAGCUCGCUCUGCAGAUGUGCAGAUGUAUGUGUGCAACAAAGAAACUUAUGGGUAUUUCCCAGUUCCAAUGCGUUCCCAUGGUACCCUGCAGGAUGAGGCGGACAGCUUCUUGCAUACUCAGCUUGAGGUCAUGGUGAGAAAUCCUCCAUUGGAGCCCUCCAGCUUCCUGUCUCUUCCUCCCAAGCAGCCUAACAAGAUGGGCUUUGAUGAGGUGUUUAUGAUAAAUCUUGUGCGGAGAUCUGACCGUCGUGAGCGAAUGCUAAGAACUCUGUACGAGCAGGAGCUCAGCUGUAAGGUCGUUGCCGCCGUGGAUGGCAAAGCUCUGAACAAGACUGAUAUAGAGUCUAUGAGGAUUAAGAUGCUGCCGGGUUACAAAGACCCUUAUCAUGGUCGGCCUCUCACCAAGGGUGAACUGGGUUGUUUCCUCUCUCAUUACAACAUCUGGAAGGAGAUAGUCGAUCGUGGUCUGCAGAACUCCCUGGUCAUUGAGGACGACCUCCGCUUCGAGGUGUUCUUCAAGCGGCGUCUCCAGGCGCUGGUGCAGGAGGUGUCAACACAUAAGCUGGACUGGGAUCUCAUUUACAUUGGGAGGAAGCGGAUGCAGGUCGACCACCAAGAGAAGUCUGUACCCAACAUCCACAACCUGGUGGAAGCAGACUACUCAUACUGGACACUAGGCUACCUGUUGUCUUUAAAAGGAGCCAAGAAGCUCCUCGGGGCUGAACCUCUGACCAAGUUGCUCCCUGUCGAUGAAUUCCUUCCCGUCAUGUACGACAAACACCCAGUUUUAGAGUACAUGGAGCACUUUGAGACUCGGGACUUGCGUGCGUUUUCUGCCGAGCCGCUUCUGGUGUAUCCGACCCAUUACACGGGAGACGAGGGCUACAUCAGUGACACAGAAACAUCGGUGGUCUGGGACAACGAGACCGUCAAAACCGACUGGGACCGAGCCAAGUCGAGAAAAACUCAGGAGCAGGGGGAGCUGAGCUUCGAGGCCCAGAACUCUGACGUACUGCAGUCUGAACUUGAGAACUGGAGCGCACGGGACGAGCUGUGACGAAGAGGAGGGGACGUGAGGAGGAGAGACAGAGACGACUCUGGCGAACAGAGAUAAGGUUUAGGGGAAUAGAAUAAAGCUGUGAUAGUAAAGGGAAAUUCAUAAGAUGGAGAGAAUAAAACAGAUUGCAGGAAAAGAGAGAGGAAAGGCAGAGUCAGAUGGACGCAGGGUUGGUGAGGAAUUCUUUCUCCAGUGUUUCAUCUUUCUCCAAAGAGAUGAGGUGUAGAUGUAGAGUUAACUCUUGAAGAGUCAGCUAGCAGCUUUUAUUUAUUGCAUCCAACGCACAUCCCUUGACCACAGCCUGAGAAAGAAGUAGUUCAUGUAGGGCUGGGCUACAGAUCGAUAUUACAUCGAAAUGUUUUUUUUUUUUCUUAUAUCAUUAUAUCGUAAAUGUCAUCUUUUCUUGGUUUUAAAGGCUGCUUUAAAGCGAAAUUAUGUUGAAAUUAUGCUUUUACCCACUUAGAUCAUAAAUAAAGAUGGAAAAUGCAUCUCCACUUAUUCCCACUGCACAAAAUGAAGCCAAAAUAUUCAGAUACGGGUGCUGCCAUCUUGCAAUGAUGGUGUUAUUUGGAGCCAGAGAUUUGUCAGUUGCGAUCUCCACAGUAUUAAGUUCUCCCAUACACCUGUCCAACCUGUUGCAAGCAGCGCCAUUGGUCGUAAGCUCACCAAUUGGCACACACAGCUGUCAAUCAUGACGUUAACCCCGCUUUUCUAUUGCAUAAUUUGACUAAUUAAAGCCAAACUUAUCAGGAAAAGGAAAACUAGAACGCACAGUACAUCAACAUGAUAAGAACCAACUGGAAUGACAGAAACCGUCUUCCACCAGGGGGCGGAGUCUAUGAGCUGUACUGCAGCCAGCCACCAGGGGGCAAUUUAGAUGUUUUGGCUUCACUUUUGGCAGCUGUCAUGUUGUCCAUCUUUAUUAUUUAGUCUAUGAUACCAACAGCCAACCCUACAUUAUCAUGGCAAUAUUGAUAUUGAGGUAUUUGGUCAAAAAUACUGUGGUAUUUGAUUUUCUCUAGAUCGCCCAGCCCUAGCUCUAAGUCUUAAGUAAUAUGUAGCCCAGACUUUUCUCAUAUAUAAAGUCCCCCAGAGAAUUUAAACUUAAAAAAGGAAUUUGAAGUAAAUGCAGUAUUUAGCUCAACCCCUAAAUGUCUACAUGACCUCUAUUCACAGCACAUCCCCCAAACAUCACCUAAUCAAAUGUGAAAGCUGCAGUACUCUAUGCUUCGGCUUUAAAAUAGGAGCUUAGAAAACACAAGACGAUUAUGUUACAUCUCUUUUCAUAUUUAAAAUGAAAAAAAAAGAUUAUUUUGAAAAAAAAGUGUCGUGGCAGAAAACAAAAUCACCAAAAUGUUGUCUUUUCUACACAGUGUUAUUCUUUCAGUGGUUCUCCAAACUCUUUGGCUUUUAGUCCCUUAAAAUAAGGCAAUGUCUACUUGAAACCCCUAAUCACCAGUUGUAUACAUCUACUGGCUGGCAUGAGUUCUACCAAAGAGCUGGGAACCACUGCGCCUUCUUCUUUUAGUGACUCUUAACCCCUUGUUGUUUAGUUCGGUCAGUGUGUUAUUUAAGUAAGUUUUAUAAGGUUGUUACUUAAUAACCUUACAUACUGUGUCACU